AAAGAACAACGCUUCGUCUCUCUCAUCGUCUCCCCAUAGAAUUCUCACAGGUCGAAGCUCAGAAUAGUAAGAAUGUCUCUGCAGUCAGUCAGUUCUACAUCUUUUAGUGUAUAUCUUUUCUACAAUUUGUGAAUUGUUGUAAAAGUUUGCAAAUGCCUGUUCUCUGCCUUGUUCGAACUAUCAUGUUAGCCUAGAUUAGAUUUUCAAUUUGAGAAGUUACACCCAUUUGGCCAUUUGUAUUUGCAUUACCCUUAAAGGGGAUUUCACAAAUUUCUCAGUCAAAUGUUUAUCAACCACUUUAUAAAUGUUCCGGCCUUGUUAGAUUCUCGAUCAAAGAGCGUAGAAGAAGAAACGUUCUAUUGAUGCCAUGUUCUUUGUUUAAGUUAGUGAAUUUGUUUUUGUCAUGGGUUUCUCUGCCUGUAAUAUGUUCUGUUCGUCCAACCCUUGUGGAUUAAGCCAGGCAAUUAGACAGACCCUUCACUCCCAUUUGUGGGGAAACUUGUUUUUGCAAAAACCCACAACUUUGGGAUAUCGUAGAUUCGAUUUUCUACGGGUAUUAGUUGUUAGCAAUGUAGAAGAGUUAGAGAAAGUUGAAACCAGAGAAGAAGAAGAAAAGCCAAAGAUUAGGUGGCUUGAGAUAGGCUCUGAUAUUACUGAAGAGCAGAAGCAGGCUAUAUCUCAGCUAUCACCAAAGAUGACAAAACGAUGUAAAGCCCUCAUGAAACAGAUUAUUGGUUUUUCUCCUGAGAAAAUUAGUCUAUCAGUUUUGUUGACUGCAUGGGUGAAGAGUAUGAAGCCUUCAAGAGUUGACUGGCUUUCCGUUCUCAAAGAAUUGGACAGAUUGGAACAUUCGUUGAAUCUUGAGGUUGCAGAACUUGCCCUCCUAGAGGAAUCGUUUGAAGCCAAUGUCCGUGACUACACCAAGAUAAUUUCUGGUUAUGGAAAACAAAACCGUUUGCAAGAUGCUGAAAAUAUCCUGUUGGCCAUGAAGAGAAGAGGCUUCAUAUGUGAUCAGGUGAUCCUUACGGCUUUAAUUCAUAUGUAUAGCAAGGCAGGAAAUCUUAAGCUGGCCGAAGAUACAUUUGAAGAAAUGAAACUUCUUGGCAUACGGUUGGAUAGAAGGUCAUAUGGGUCAAUGAUCAUGGCCUAUAUUAGGGCUGGAAUGCUGAAACACGGAGAGAAUUUAAUUAGAGAAAUGGAGGCCCAAGAAAUUUAUGCUGGUAGAGAAGUCUACAAAGCAUUGCUGAGAGCAUAUUCCAUGAUUGGUAAUAGUGAAGGAUCUCAAAGGGUGUUUGAUGCAAUUCAACUGGCUGGCAUCACACCUGAUGUGAAACUGUGUGGGCUGCUUUUAAAUGCCUACGUAGUGGCAGGUCAAAGUCGUGAGGCUUGCAUUGCGUUUGAAAAUCUGAGGAGGGCUGGUCUUGAACCAAAUGAUAAAUGCGUGGCUCUAAUUUUGGCGGCUUAUGAAAAGGAGAACAAGCUUAACAAGGCGCUGGAUUUUCUCAUAGAUUUGGAAAGAGAUGGUAUCAUGCUAGGGAAAGAAUCUUCAGAAUUAUUGGUUGGUUGGUUUCGGAGGUUGGGGGUGGUAGAAGAAGUGGAGAUUGUCUUGAGACAAUAUGGUUUGAAGGAAACAAAAUGUGCAGUACCUCCUUUCUAAUUCAUCUUGAAGCUCUUUCCUAGAUACAUUUAACUGGGAAACAGCCUCAAUCACCAAUUCAAAUAUACGCCAUUUGGUUGUGGAGAAGGUGGAAAAAAUAUCAGGAUAUAAUAUAUUGUAAUGCCCUGAAAGCUAUCUUAUUUGGAACUCAUUGUUCAUGCAUGGCAUCUAUCCAGUGAAGAGUGUUAGCAAGUGCUUCUUGUGGUCUAUGAUAUUCAAGCUAAUGUGCCCCUCAGCCAAUGCACCGACUAUCUGAGCUGUUCUAUAUCCUGUUUACCUGAUAAUGGAAGCUACUUAUCCCGACUUUAAGUGGCUGCUAAAUUGCCUUUGCGGAACACGAAAGCCAAUGGAAGUUACUUGUACCAGGAGUAGAUUAAAUCUUAGUACUUGCUAGUGUUUUGUCUUUGUUAGCAUUUACGUGUAUAUUUUGCACAAUCUUACUUGACCAUGAAGAAUAGAAGCUAAGUGGCAAUUUUUUCCACAGUAGUUGGGAAUGUUUAUGUGUUUGUUAUUUUUGUGUCGCGAUUUCUAUCUAUAAAGAAUCUGCCUAGUUUUUUCGACAUGUGUGGUAUGCGGAUGAUUGGG